GCUGGAGUUUAAGCAGUUAACUCAGUCGAAUUCCAUUGAGGGAGCACGCUGCAAGCUGCAAGCUGCACGGAGUGAGAGACCAUGACAGAGGAAAAAGCCAGGGAACCAAGUGCUGCAGGAGUGGGUCCAGAUGAUGGGCCACGUGAAGAGGGGGCUCCUCCGAGGGGGAAGUGGGCCAACAACAAGGAGUAUCUACUCUCCAUGACUGGUGGAAUCAUUGGCGUUGGGAACUUGUGGCUAUUUCCCUUUUCGUGCUUCCAACAUGGAGGAGCUGCUUUUCUCAUCCCUUACUUUCUGUGCCUCCUCUUCAUCGGCGGCCCUCUCUUCCUACUGGAGACGGCGUUGGGCCAGUACACCAACGAGGGUGCAGUCACAGCCUGGAGGAAGAUAUGUCCCAUGUUCGAGGGGGUUGGGAUAGCGUCCCAAGUGACUGUGUUCUAUAUGAACAGCUACUUCAUCGUCAUUUUGGCCUGGAACAUCUUCUACCUGAUUCACUCCUUCAAAAGCCCCCUGCCUUGGUCUACUUGUGACAACGAGUGGAACUCUGAGUCAUGUCACAGUCCUGUCAACAUGAUCGCAAACACCCACCUGUUUUCCACCAACACCAGCUGGUCGUUCCUAAACAACAUCCCCUUGCCUGAUGACUAUGAGUCCAUACCGUACUUCAAUCUAACGGAUGGAUCACUGUCGGACCACACACCGGAGGAGGAGUUCUGGAGGAAUCGUGUGUUAAGAAUGUCUGACGAGCUCUUGGGUAAGGUGCACUGGGACCUGGCUCUGUGUCUCCUGCUGGCCUGGGUCAUAUGUUACUUCUGCACAUGGAAGGGAAUCAAAUCCAUUGGAAAGGUAGUCUACUUCACAGCUACAGUCCCCUACCUGCUGCUGCUCAUCCUCUUCUUCCGUGCAGUGACACUCCCAGGAGCCAGGCAGGGCCUGUUCUACUACCUCUAUCCAGAUAUUAGAAUCCUCGCUGACCCAUCGGCAUGGGAGGCUGCAGUGAUGUGUGUGAUGUACACCUACGCCACGUGUCAAGGGACGCUGACCACUCUGGGAAGCUACAACAAGUACAACCGCAACUGCUACAGGGAUUGCAUGGCACUGUGCUGCCUGAGCUGUGUGACUGGCAUCUUUGUGGGUUUCAUCGUGUUCUCAGUGUUGGGAUUCCUGGCUCACGAGCAGGGUUUGGAUAUGUAUGAUGUAGCCACUUUUGGUCCCGCUUUGAUCUUCAGGGCCGUUCCUAUGGCCCUGUCGGUGCUGCCUGGCUCAAAUUUCUGGACUGUGCUCUUCUUCCUCACGGUCUUCCUCCUGGCCGUCGACUCUCAAUUUAUGUUAACGGAGAGUCUAGCCACAGCCAUCACAGACAUGUUCCCACGUCACCUGAGGAGGCCUGGAGCGAGGGAGGUCCUGGUCCUGGUCAUUUCUGUUGUUUGUUUCCUACUGGGGCUGCCGUUCAUCACUGAGGGAGGGAUAAUCCCCUUCGGAAUUGUUGACAGUUAUGGAGCCAAUGGGAGCAUUUUCCUCUUCAUUGCCUGUUUGGAGACCAUCAUCAUCGGCUGGGUGUACGGAGCGGACCGUUUCUACGACAACAUUGAGGACAUGAUCGGCUAUCGACCGAACCCCGUGAUCAAGUACUGCUGGAUGUUCAUCACUCCGCUCAUCUCUGUGCUCUUGCUUGUGUUUAGACUGUUAACUAAAUCCUCCUACACGGAGUACGACUACAUACUGGAACCUGUGGCCUCCGUAGUUGGCGCUUUACUUUUCGUCACUCCGCUGAUGUGCAUCCCAGUGUUCAUUUUUGUGGCACUGUGGAGGAACCCCAAAAACAUGACCUCUCCAUCCAGUGACCUGCGUCAGGCGCGGCCCCACAAGCCUGUGCUCACGCUGUGUAAACGCAUCAUCUUCAAGUCACAGGGGCCACCUGUCGGGACCACAGCAGAAAGACACGAGAAGAUAAUGAUGGAGGAGCCCAGCGGGGUGUGAUGGUUGUUGAUGGCGCAUGUAGACCCGCAGGAAGUGAUUGUGCAUAUAGGUGGUUUUGAUGACUUUUACCAGUAUGUGACAGGUAAACACAUUUAAAGUGUAAAAAAGUAUCUAAAUGUAUAUAUUACUCCACGUAUAAUCAAACACACUGAAUUCAUACUUAUCCUACUAAUAACUGUAGAAAUCUGUUUUUUUUUAUGUUCGAUGAUGGUGUAAAUGUGAGUGAUGUCACAGGAUAUGCGUGUUUUGGUGUACAUGACGUUGCUCCCAUCAUAUUGCCAAGCACAGUGAUGUGUGUGUGUGAUCCAACCCGGCUUUCAAUUAACAGCUAGUGCCGCCUGGUAGCCUCCCACCUCUCCUCACCCCCCAACUCAUCCUCACUGACCCCGUAGCUUGGAGAACGCGAGUUUAAAAAUAAAAAUAAAAAGGGUCAAGUAUGAGAUUCAAAUGGAGAGUUUUUAGUUUAUAUUUGAUCUCAACAAGAAGAGAAUGGGAAUUCGGAAGCUGUUGGAGCAACUUGCACCUUAAUUUCCCCCAGUGAUCCCCCCCCCAUUUUGUACAUUGACAGCCCUGUGGCGAUAUUAGCAGCGGUUUGAGUUUUACAUGUUAUUGUUGGUUUAUUUAACCAAAAUACUGUCAUUUUGAUUCAGUAAAAUACAAUUAGCCCAGGAUUCAACUCUGAAUUAAGCAGCAUAUUCAUAUCACAUUUAAAACUGCAAUCAAUCCGGUAUAAGUCUUAUAAACAGCUAGUGACAUGUACUGUUUAACAAGAGCUAGAGUGUCGUCCAACAAUUUCCCACCUCAUUGUGUUAAUUUGUGGAAAUAACAGAAGUAUAAGAAAAUAACACCUCUUGUAUGAAGAAAUGUAAAAUCUGCAGUGUUUAAACUUUUUUCCGCGCCUUUUUCCGUCAUUGUAUCGCCCAGUGUUGAAUUUAUUGCCGUCGCUACCUGCCCUUCUGUCUUCAUCAAUGUUUAACGAAGCCUCUCAUUGUUCCAUUAAUGCCCCAAUGAAACCCCAGAUUCAUGCACGAGGCGAAACCAUAAAGAAAGACGUUUCAAUGCCCUCUGUCACUUCUUUUAUCGGAAGUUCUCCAUCUUUCAGCUCUGGAACAAUCUUCCCCGGUUUCCUGUAGCCAUUUCCACGUGUAUAUAUAUAUAUAUAUAUAUAUAUCUCUAUCUCUUCAUCUCAUUUCCCUUCUCCUCUGGGACUACUGUGAAACAUAAACUCGUCCCAUCUUUUAUCUCAGAAAUCUCUUUAUUCUGCCCCUUUAUCUCUAGAUAGUUGCAACCUACACACCUUGUCAAAGAUUUUACUAAAAUGUGCAAAAAAAUAAUAAAGAUAAUACUAGAACACUA